AGGUACCUAGACACCGUCCUUUUGUUCUUAUAUAAUUUCCCGACGCGGCUCGCUGCGUGACACGUCAUUUUGUUUAUCUCCGAAAUCCAAGAUGCACGUGCAACCAUUUCUGAGCGCCUUGGUGCUGGCGGCUUGCGUGAGCUCUGGCCCGAUCGGUCAGGCUACGUUACCGCUGAUCGGAAGAGCCCCUAGCAACGUCUGUGUCUUGAUCGACGGCGACGACCCUUAUAUCCUGGACCCUUUUAACCGCCCUCCAUGCGCCUGUAACUGCAUCAAGCAGGCGUGUAAGCAGUCGGACCCGGCUCAAACCGAAUUGUGCCUCCGUACGCCUUGGCCCCCUAGUAACGCGGCUUUCCCUGAUACGCUGGUACGCUACGCCGCCUGCGUUGGUGGAACGCAUUGUGUUGGAUGAUAAGUUGCAUAGGGGGAGAUUGGAGGAAAGGUGUCACGAUCCGCGAAUUGUAUUUGAUCCCUAUAUAUCAAAACUCGGCGUUCUAUGUCCUAGCACUUUAGCGCUCCUAUUAUCAUCUAAGCAGGUACCUAAACUUGUUGAUAGUGUAUCCAUUUGAGGACACAAUCACCACCCAAGUAGGGAGAAAGCAAGAUGCUGAUAGUAAUACACAAUAACUCAUACCUCCGAUGGGCUUAAACUUAACGACAUGAAUUGUUGGACGUCUGAUAUUGACUUGCAAUAAAUCAAGGUACUUCUUAACUUCGCCACCGUCUGUAGCUCAGUGCUGAAAUGCCGAGCUCCCAUCAUCCCUGUCACAGUGCCCGGGUCUUAAAAC